AAUGCACUUUCCUAAUUAGGCAGGACAGGGCAGGUCGUGGCUUCCUCUCUGGCAGUCGAGGCACAAUCAGAUUCAUCAUUGAAGAACGAAACAAAAUGUCAGUCCAACCGAUGCCUUCAACUCACAAUGUUAUGUUAUGCCAUCCUGCUCCUGGCCUCCAACGCGUUUUGUCAAACAUUCGACUACGUCGUCGUUGGCGGCGGAACGACAGGACUGCCACUCGCUGUACGCCUGGCUCAGCAUCAUAAAGUCGCUCUCAUCGAAGCCGGAGGCUACUACGAGCUCGAGUAUCCACUGGCCAAAACACCAGCCGCGGAUGUCCUUCCUGUUGGAUCUGACCCUGGCAUCAAGAAAAUCCCCAUAGACUGGGGAUUCAUCACAACACCACAGCAAGGUGCGAACGGCCGGCGUGUUCACUUCUCUCGGGGAAGGUGUCUAGGUGGAUCGUCUGCUUUGAACUUCAUGAUAUACCAACGACCGACUAGACAGACGAUGGAUAAGUGGGCAGAGGCCGUGAACGAUACCAGCUAUAGCUUCGAUAACAUCUUCCCGUUCUACCAGCGCAGUGCCAAUUUCACGCCCCCGAAUACAGAUAAGAGGUUCUCGAAUGCGACUGCGCUGUACAAUGCGAGUGCAUUUACGUCUGAUGGUGGUCCGCUGCAUGUAUCUUACUCUAACUAUGCGAUGCCGUGGUCAACGUGGGUAGCUCGGGGCAUGCAAGGUAUUGGAAUGACAGAAGCUGUAGACUUUAACAGUGGUCAACUCGAUGGAUAUCAAUACUGCACAUCGACGAUUCGGCCAAGUGACCAAACCCGGAGUACGUCGGAAUCCUCGUUCCUCGGUAUUCCAGCCCCGAAAAACCUCAAACUGUAUAAGAAGACUCUGGCAAAGCGGAUUUUGUUCGACGAUGAUAAGAACGCUAUCGGUGUGCAGGUGAGCCCGUCGCGAACUCUGAUGGCCUCGAAGGAGGUGAUCAUUUCCGCUGGAGUCUUUCAAUCUCCGCAGCUAUUGAUGGUGUCGGGGAUAGGCCCUAGAGGGAAUCUGCAACACCAUAACAUAUCAGUGGUAUCGGAACUUCCAGGCGUUGGUCAGGGUAUGCAUGAUCAUCCGUUUUUCGGACCGAGCUAUCGGGUGGGAGUGGGAACUAUGACAAGACCUGCGACCAAUCCACUAUAUCUGGUAGAAGAGUACCUUCGUUGGGCCAUUCUGCACGACGGUCUCCUUUCUAACCCGGUUGCUGAUUUUAUAGCUUUUGAAAAGAUUCCCGACGAACUGCGAUUGGGGUUCUCUAAAGGCACACAACAGAAUCUCUCCUACUUUCCUAAGGAUUGGCCAGAGGUCGAGUACAUGUCAGGGGCAGGCUUCCUUGGAAAUAUUUCCAACAUGUUCAAAUACCAACCGAAGGAUGGCUACGAAUACGCAUCGAUUCUCGGAGUACUGCACGCCACGACCUCGCAAGGCACUGUAACGCUGGCCUCGGCGGACACUUCUGACGCACCGAUUAUCAACCCGAACUGGCUGGAGACUGAGUCGGAUCAGCAGCUGGCUGUUGCAUUGUUCAAAAGGAUCCGUCAAAUAUUCGCCAGCGAGGAGAUGCAGUCAAUCAUAAUCGGCCAAGAAUACUACCCGGGCAGGAGUGUUCAAACAAACGGGGAAAUUCUGGAGUGGAUACGGAAUAAUAUCAUGACGCUGUGGCAUCCCUCCCGAACCUGCAAAAUGGGCACCAGGAACGACACCAUGGCUGUUGUUGACAGCAGAGCUCGCGUCUUUGGCGUCAAUCGAUUACGCGUGGUCGAUGCCAGUGCAAUCCCCUUUUUGCCACCAGGGCACCCUCAGUCUACUUGCUACAUGCUCGCGGAGAAAAUCGCGGAUGACAUUCUAAGCACGGAGGAUAGGUCAUCCUCCUGA